UCGAAGUGUCACUUUGUUACGAGAUCCGGUUGUGCGACCAUUCUCCCUAUACACAUUAUCAAUGUACAACGUCGAGGUCCGAGUGAUGUUGAGAUCUCUCCGUUUGUGGAAAAGUAGACCGACGAGGAUGGGAUUCGAACCCACGCGUGCAGAGCACAAUGGAUUAGCAGUCCAUCGCCUUAACCACUCGGCCACCUCGUCAUAUAAUCCAAGUGUGAAGAAAUAUUGUUCCUUAUCGUCAGUGUUAAACCUCAGACUAAAAAUGGUGGACUCCCAGUAUUACCUCCCAAAUGACAUUGGUAUUUCUGCACUUGACUGCGGCGAGGCCUUCCGUUUGCUUUCACCUCAGGAGAAGAUGUAUGCCCACUACUUGUCACGCGCCGCUUGGUAUGGUGGACUGGCAGUGCUGCUGCAGACUUCCCCAGAGUCGGCAAACAUCUUUGUCUUGCUGCAGAAAAUCUUCAGGAAGCAGGCGCCUGCACAGCUGGAACAGGUCGCCACAGCAGCUGGACUCAGCUCUGAGGAGUACCAGGCCUUCUUGGUGUAUGCAGCAGGUCUGUAUGCCAACAUGGGAAACUACAAGUCUUUCGGAGACACCAAGUUCAUCCCAAAUCUUCCAAAGGACAAGUUGAAAGCUCUGGUGAGGGCCAGCCAGGCGUUUCAGGAGCAGCCCACUGAGAUGGAGGCUCUGUGGGACAGCUGUUCAUGUCUCCUCUACUCCCUGGAAGACAAUCAGAAACAGCUGGGGCUGGGCGACAAGGGAAUUACCACCUACUUCUCAGGAAACUGCUGUCUGGAGGAUGCUGAGCUGGCUCAGAAGUUCCUUGACUCGAAAAAACUGUCUGCUUACAACACCCGUCUGUUUAAGAGGGACAAUGGAGGUAAAGCCUGCUAUGAGGUGCGCUUGGCUUCGGCUGUGCAGAAAGACUGUGCAGUGGAUGGGGAAUGCGAGUCAUGCUGCGGCAGCUUCAACUUUGAAGACAAAGAGUUCAUUGUGAAGAGGGGAGACUAUGCUCCUCUCAUGGAGAAAGUCAGCUAUUACCUCCAACAAGCACAGGCCUAUGCUGCUAAUGAGAACCAGAGAAAGAUGCUCGAAGAGUACAGGCGCAGCUUCACCUUUGGCUCAGUUGAAGCCCAUAAAGAGGGCUCGCGCUACUGGAUCAAAGACAAGGGACCAAUUGUCGAGAGUUAUAUAGGUUUCAUAGAGAGCUACAGAGACCCAUUUGGCUCCAGAGGAGAGUUUGAAGGUUUUGUUGCGGUUGUGAACAAGGCGAUGAGUGAGCGUUUCGGCAAAUUGGUGGGCUCAGCAGAAAUCUUGCUCCCUGAGCUGCCUUGGCCCAGGGAGUUCGAGAAGGACACUUUCCUUAAACCUGACUUCACCUCGCUGGAUGUCCUCACCUUCGCUGGGAGUGGAAUACCAGCUGGCAUCAACAUCCCCAACUAUGAUGACAUUAGACAAUCAGAGGGCUUUAAAAACGUGUCACUAGGCAACGUGCUGGCUGUAGCCUAUGCUACACAAAAAGAAAAACUCACCUUCCUGGAGGAGGAGGACAAGGAUUUGUUUAUCAAGUGGAAGGGACCGUCAUUCGAGGUGCAGGUUGGACUUCAUGAGCUGUUGGGCCAUGGUAGUGGCAAGCUGUUUGUCAAGGAUGACAAGGGCCACUUCAACUUUGACCAGAGUAAGGUGAUCAACCCGGAGACGGGAGAACCGGUGUCCAGUUGGUAUCAGAGCAGCGAGACGUGGGAUAGUAAAUUCUCCACGAUUGCUUCCUCUUAUGAAGAAUGCCGCGCUGAGUGUGUCGGUCUCUAUCUGUGUCUCAACAAGCAAGCGCUCAGUAUUUUUGGCCAUGAGGGCCAGGAUGCAGAGGAUGUGGUGUACGUCAACUGGCUCAGCAUGGUCAGAGCUGGACUGUUGGGCCUGGAGUUCUACACGCCUGAGAGCAAGAGCUGGAGACAGGCUCACAUGCAGGCUCGUUUCGUGAUCCUGCGUGUUCUGCUGGAGGCCGGGGAGGGCCUGGUGGGCCUGGAGGAAGUGACAGGACAAGACGGCAAACCGGAUGCUCGAAUCACACUGGACCGAAGCAAGAUCCACACUGUGGGCAAGAACGCCAUCCACAGGUUCCUUUGUAAACUGCAGGUCUUAAAGUCAACAGCAGAUGUGGAAGGAGGCAGGGCUCUGUAUGACGGCUACUCCACUGUCAGCGACAGCGGUGCUCACAACUUCUUGCGUCUCCGGGAGACAGUACUGCUGAGGAAGGAAGCUCGUAAGAUGUUUGUCCAGGCCAACUCCAGAGUCAGUGGGGACAACGUAGAGCUGGUGGAAUACGAAGGCAGCGCGGCAGGUUUGAUUCGCUCCUUCACUGAGCGCUUCCAAGAUGACGCAGAGCAGCUGGAGGCCGAUCUUUUGGAGAUGAGCAAAAGAGACGGCCCCUGCUGGUGUUGAUGGAUGGAUGAUCUGCUCCAUAGGCUUCAAAAAUACCAACUGAACAUCAGUUUUGUUUUGUUUUUUACCGUAUGUAAAAGCAAACUGAUUCUUAAUGGAUGUUAAAACACACAAAACUACAAAAUGAUCCAAGUCCUUUUAAGAAGACACUUCUAAACAGACUAAAGUUUCAUACUUCAAAUAAAGCCAUAAGACUAGAACAGAUCUGCCAAAGAUACCAGCCACAGUUUUUCCAGCCACGGUCCAAUGUCAGGUCUGUCUUUGAUAACAGGAUCAAAUACAAAUAAAUGAGCUGAUGAUUAAUAACACACCAUCACUCUUUUAGAUGCAUUUAGGAAACAUAUUUUUCUAAUGAGAAGUAUUGAGAACUGUCCAUUAAACCAAUGCUGCCUGACAAUAAAAAUGGUUCCUGGUUAUAAACGAGUAUGUAAGUGACUGUAGGUAGUUUUCACUUUCUAAUCAUGGCACAGUCAAGAAUUGGCUUCAAAUGUUCACAAAAUGAACAUUAUGACAUGUUUUGUCUGUACUCGGAAUGAUGUCCAUGAAUUGAUUUUCACAGUCAACUUCUGGCUAAAACUUAUUCCAUCUUUACAGCUUGUCCAUUUAACUUAUAUGUUUGUCCAGCCUUGGUAUUGAUGAGGAUUUGACAGGUUAAGACUGUUAACUAGCUGCCAUGACAGCUUAAUGUUGUCUGUAAGGCAAAAUAGUACUUUGUUUUGUUUCUUUUUGCCAGGUUUGGAAUCAAGAAGUAAUAGAUUACUUGACUGUAUAAAAUAUUGCUGAGUCUGGAAGGCCCAAAAAAAAAAAAAAGAAAUGCUGUAUGUAAGAAAUGUGGUGUUGAAUCUGCACAAAUAAAAUUUGUUUGAUAAGA